CUCUCCGCUAAAUUAAGCGGCACUCCUCCGCUAAAUCUGUGUCAGCCCCACAUCGCCACCAACAACGCCGCCACUCUCCGGCGUUAAAUUAUUCUCAUUGACUGACUGAAUUCUCUAGAAGUAAUCGUUUCAGGCGAAGGCAUUUUACAAUUGCAUCUGAUUGAGAAUCGUUCAGAUCUGAGUCCAGGUGAGUUAGAUCGGAGUUCAGAUGGAGGAGGCAUUGGAGCAGGCACGUUCCAAGGACACGAAGGAGCGAAUGGCGGCGGUGGAGCGUCUGCACCAACUCCUUGAAGCUUCCAGGAAGAGUCUGAGUUCGGUCGAAGUCACUUCUCUGGUUGAUUGUUGUUUGGAUCUUCUCAAGGAUAACAACUUUAGAGUCUCUCAGGGUGCUCUCCAGGCCCUUGCCUCCGCCGCAGUACUCUCUGGUGACCAUUUGAAGUUGCACUUUAACGCGCUUGUUCCGGCCGUAGUAGAGCGGUUGGGCGACGCCAAACAGCCUGUUAGAGAUGCUGCUAGACGCCUCCUGCUUACUCUCAUGGAGGUUUCUUCUCCUACAAUUAUUGUCGAAAGAGCAGGUUCUUUUGCCUGGACUCAUAAAAGCUGGAGAGUUCGCGAGGAAUUUGCACGAACUGUCACAUCAGCUAUCAGUCUUUUUGCAUCUACUGAACUGCCUCUUCAGCGGGCUAUACUUCCACCUACUUUGCAGAUGUUGAAUGAUUCAAAUCCUGGUGUUCGUGAAGCAGCUAUCCUUUGCAUUGAGGAAAUGUAUGCGCAGGCUGGAUCUCAAUUCCGUGAUGAACUUCAGCGUCAUAAUCUUCCUGCUUCAAUGGUGAGGGAUAUUGAUGCUAGACUAGAGAAAAUCAAACCACAAGUUCAACCUUCGGAUGGGCUUACUGGUGGUUUUUCUGGUGAGAUGAAACCUGCAAGCCUAAUCACCAAGAAAAACAGUCCAAGGGCCAGGACUUCUUCUCGGGAGGCAUCUCUCUUUGGAGGGGAAAGUGAUAUUGCAGAAAAACCGGUAGAACCAAUUAAAUUGUACUCUGAAAAGGAACUAGUGAGGGAAAUUGAGAAAAUUGCUUCUACUCUCAUACCAGCAAAAGACUGGUCUGUCCGCAUUGCGGCCAUGCAGAGAGUUGAAGGCCUUGUUUCUGGAGGUGCUGCUGACUACCCCUCUUUCUGGGGCCUCCUAAAACACCUUGUUGGCCCUCUAAGUAUGCAAUUAUCAGAUCGAAGAUCAAGCAUUGUGAAGCAGGCUUGCCAUCUAUUGUGUUUUUUAUCAAAGGAGCUCUUGGGAGAUUUUGAGGCUUGCGCUGAGAUGUUCAUUCCAGUCCUUUUCAAGUUGGUUGUGAUCACUGUCCUCGUAAUUGCAGAGUCUGCAGAUAAUUGUAUAAAAACGAUGUUACGUAACUGUAAAGUUGCCCGUUUGCUUCCUCGCAUUGUUGAUUGUGCAAAGAACGACAAGAGUUCAGUACUCCGUGCAAGGUGCUGUGAAUAUGCAUUGUUGAUACUAGAAAAUUGGCCUGAUGCACCAGAAAUACAGCGAUCGGCUGAUUUAUAUGAAGUUCUAAUAGGGUGUUGCGUUUCAGAUGCAAUGAGUGAGGUACGAUCAACUGCUAGAAUGUGCUAUAGAAUGUUUGCAAAAACUUGGCCAGACCGUUCUCACCGGUUAUUUUCAACAUUUGAUCCUGUCAUUCAAAAGAUAAUAAAUGAAGAAGAUGGAGGGAUGCCUAGGCGACAUGCUUCUCCUUCAGUCCGUGACAGAAAUGUGCAAGUGUCCUUUACGUCUCAGACAUCUUCAAAUUUACUUGGGUAUGGAACUUCUGCUAUAGUUGCAAUGGACAGAAGUUCUGGCUUAUCCUCUGGGACAUCCAUAUCCUCUGGUUUGCUUCUGUCACAGGCAAAGACUCUUGGUAAGGAGACUGAACGUAGUCUGGAGAGUGUAUUACAUGCAAGCAAACAGAAGGUCAGUGCCAUUGAAAGUAUGCUUAGAGGUUUGGAAAUCUCAGACAAGCAGAAUCCUUCAUCUCUCCGGUCAUCCAGUUUGGAUCUAGGAGUUGAACCUCCAUCAUCCCGUGAUCCACCAUUUCCUGCUGCUGUUCCAUCUUCUAACAAUUUCACAAGCCAUUUAGCUCUAGAAUCAUCUGCCUCUAUUGGCAGUAAAAGUAGUAACCGCAAUGGUGGCUUGGUUAUGUCGGACAUCAUCACACAGAUUCAAGCUUCCAAAGAUUCAGGUAAACUAUCACAGAGAAGUAAUUUGGCAACUGAGUCAUUGCCAGCUUUUUCAUCAUACUUGGCUAAGAGAGCUUCUGAAAGACUUCAAGAACGAAGUUCCACUGAAGAUAGAAGUGAAUUUAGGGAGGGUAGGCACUUUGCAAACCUGCAUGUUGACAGGCAGUUUUCGGAGACCUCUUACAGAGAUGCGAAUAUAAGGGAUUCACAAAAUAAUAACAUUCCCAACUUCCAGAGGCCACUUUUGAGAAAGAAUACGGCUGGAAGGAUGGCUGCCACCAGGAGAAAGAGUUUUGAUGAUUGCCAGCUGUCACUUGGGGAGAUGUCAACUUAUGUAGAAGGUCCAUCAUGUCUAAGCGAUGCUCUCAAUGAGGGGCUCAGUCCUAGUUCUGACUGGUGUGCUAGAGUUGCUGCUUUCACUUAUCUCCAUUCUUUGCUUCAGCAAGGCCCCAGAGGUGUUCAAGAAGUGGUCCAGAGUUUUGAGAAGGUGAUGAAGCUUUUCUUCCAGCAUUUGGAUGAUCCUCACCAUAAAGUUGCACAGGCAGCUCUUUCAACACUUGCAGAUAUUAUUCCAUUGUGCAGAAAGCCAUUUGAGAGUUAUAUGGAAAGGAUUUUACCCCAUGUUUUCUCACGGUUAAUUGAUCCUAAGGAGUUGGUUAGGCAACCUUGCACUACAACUUUGGACAUUGUUAGCAAAACUUAUAGCAUUGAUUCUCUCUUACCUGCUUUGCUGCGUUCACUCGAUGAACAACGAUCACCGAAGGCCAAAUUAGCUGUUAUUGAGUUUGCCAUUAGUUCCUUUAAUAAGCAUGCAGGAAAUUCAGAAGGUUCUGGUAAUAUUGGCAUCCUGAAGCUAUGGCUCACAAAAUUGACACCAUUGGUUCAUGAUAAAAAUACUAAGCUUAAGGAAGCAGCUAUUACAUGCAUCAUAUCUGUCUACUCCCACUCUGAUUCAGCUGCUGUCCUCAAUUUCAUUCUUAGCCUAUCUGUUGAAGAACAGAACUCUUUGAGACGAGCACUUAAACAGUACACUCCACGUAUUGAAGUGGACUUAAUGAACUAUCUACAGAACAAGAAACAGCGCUCUAAGUCAUCUUAUGACCCUUCUGAUGUUGUUGGAACUUCUUCUGAAGAAGGAUAUGUUGGUUUGCCCAAGAAAAGUCACUUGCUUGGAAGGUAUUCUAGUGGUUCAAUUGACAGUGAUGGUGGAAGGAAGUGCAAUUCGACUCAGGAAUCUACCCUGAUUAUAGAUAGUUUUGUCCAAGCAACUUCUGAAGAAACUCUAGAGAACUUGUAUCAUAACUUUGAGACUCAUUCGAACCCUGAUGUUCUUCUUUCCAAAACCAAGGAACUGCCUUAUAUGGUCAAUUCCACAGACCAGAAUGCAGUAUCUUGGGAUGGAAGAUUGGAAAGCUUGGAAACUAGUGUUAGCUUAGAGUGUCUAUCUACUCCUCACUUGGACACCAAUGGUCUGAUGAAAUCUGACACCACAGGGGUCAUAGAAGGGGUUGGACACGCUAAUGAAGCUUUGUUGGAAUUGGACCUUAAUCAUGACAAGCCUACUGCUGUCAAGAUUAACUCUAAUCUAGAUAAUGGACCUAGCAUUCCUCAAAUUCUUCACCUGAUCUGCAAUGGGACUGAGGAAAAUCCUAGUGCAAUUAAACGUGGUGCAAUUCAGCAGUUAAUUGAAGCUUCUGUGGCCAAUGAUCAAUCAAUUUGGAGCAAGUACUUCAAUCAGAUUCUGACAGCUUUACUUGAGGUGCUGGAUGAUUCUGAUUUCUCAACUAGGGAACUUGCCCUUUUGUUGAUUGUAGAAAUGCUCAAGAAUCAGAAAGAUGCCAUGGAAGAUUCUGUUGAAAUAUUAGUUGAGAAGCUGCUUCAUGUCACAAAAGAUGUCAUUCCAAGGGUUUCAAAUGAAGCUGAGCAUUGCUUGAAUACUGUGUUGUCUCAGUAUGAUCCUCUAAGAUGUUUAAGUGUUAUUGUCCCUUUAUUGGUUACUGAAGAUGAGAAGACUCUCGUUACUUGCAUAAACUGCUUGACGAAGCUUGUGGGCCGUCUCUCGCAGGAAGGGCUAACUGCACAGUUGCCUUCAUUUUUGCCUGCUCUUUUUGAAGCUUUUGGGAACCAGAGUGCAGAUGUCCGCAAGACUGUUGUGUUCUGUUUAGUGGAUAUCUAUAUCAUGCUAGGGCAAGCUUUUUUACCACACCUGGAGGGUCUUAACAGCACACAGUUGCGGCUGGUUACUCUUUAUGCUAAUCGGAUAUCACAGGCCAGGACGGGUACUCCUAUUGAUGCCAACCAAUGAUCAGCUGGGUCAUAUGGGCAGUUAAGUUAUGGGUUUGGGAUGUUGGCUUAGUCAGUAUGUGUAUUCUGUAUAUUUUGUGAAUGCAUUUUCAGGGGUGAUUUUUCAAUUUAUUUUUUCCUUGUUUUUCCCUUUUGCUAUCUCUUGCACUCUGAACAUAUUUUCAGUUCAAGUUUGUUGGGAGAGUGCUUUUUGUCGAAAUGAAAUAGGAAAUGUUACUAUUAUGCCAAUGUUGUAAUCAUCAUUUUAAUAACAAUGUAUGUUUAUUGAUAAAAGAAAUAUGGUUUC